CAUUGUCAAACGUCAAAAAAUUAAAAAGAAGAAGACCAAAAUAUUUUGUAUGUUUUUGAUUUUCAAAUAAAAUGAAAAGUGAGAAAAAUAAAAUAAUUUCAGCUAUAUGCAAAAACUAUAAUUUCCAAAUGUUAAUGGUUAACUCAAGUGACGAAGAAGAAGAGGAUGAAAUUCAAGAAGAUUUCAUAAUGAACAUGAUUCAUCUUCUAACGCAUCGUAGAAGCGUCCAUUUAGGAUUACCUAAAUCGUCAGACUGGAGGCAUAACGUUUUAAAUAAAUUCGAUGACAAUAGGUUUAAUCAAAUGGUACUAUUAAAUCCAGAAGAAUUUGCCCACGUCCUUGACCUUAUCCAAAAUGAUGAAGUUUUUCAAACAAUUUGCCACAAAUCCCAACUUCCAGUUGAGCUACAAUUAAAAAUUGUUCUGUAUCGACUAGGCUCCUCUGGCGAUGGAGCUUCCGUACGCAAGGUAGCUUCACUUUUUGGAAUUGGUGAUGGCGGAACAAUUCAAAAUGUUACAAGACGCGUAUUCAAAGCCAUUUUAAAACUCAAAAACAAUGUUUUAUAUUGGCCAGGUGAAUUAGAAAGAUCUCAAUUGGUUUCAGCAACGAAAAGCGAAUUGCCAGGAUGUGUUGGCUAUAUCGAUGGCGGUGAAAUUAAAUUGGCUGAAGCACCUACAAACAAUCAUGAGCUAUAUUUUUCUCGUAAACGCUAAUAUUGGAAAUUUAGAUUGCUGAAUGAAAAAAAUAAGAAGGAAUGCAAUAAUUGGAUUAUGGUUUGUUGUAUUCUGCAUAAUAUACUUCUACGGUUUAACUCAAAAGAUGUAAAUUCACAAAGAACGGGUGUAACUUUACCACAAACUUGACCAAUAAUAAAUAAUCGAAAUGACUUGCUUAGUUUUAUAGAAAACCACCCAAAUAUAUAAAAAUGUUGAACCAUGUUUAUAUGUAAUCGGAUUUUUAUUAAAUAAAAUAAUUUUUUAUUUCAA